AUGUCCAACAGCAGCUCCAUCAGCCACUUCCUCCUGCUGGCAUUGGCAGACACGCGGCAGCUGCAGCUCCUGCACUUCUGCCUCUUGCUGGGCAUCUCCCUGGCUGCCCUCCUGGGCAACGGCCUCAUCAUCAGCGCCGUAGCCUGCGGCCACCACCUGCACACGCCCAUGUUCUUCUUCCUGCUCAACCUGGCCCUCAGCGACCUGGGCUCCAUCUGCACCACUGUCCCCAAAGCCAUGCACAACUCCCUCUGGGACACCAGGAACAUCUCCUACACAGGAUGUGCUGCACAGCUAUUUUCCUUUCUGUUCUUCAUCUCAGCAGAGUAUUUCCUGCUGACCAUCAUGUGCUACGACCGCUACGUGUCCAUCUGCAAACCCCUGCACUACGGGACCCUCCUGGGCAGCAGAGCUUGUGCCCACAUGGCAGCAGCUGCCUGGGCCAGUGGCUUCCUUAAUGCUCUGCUGCACACAGCCAAUACAUUUUCUCUGCCCCUGUGCCAUGGCAAUGCCCUGGGCCAGUUCUUCUGUGAAAUCCCCCAGAUUCUCAAACUCUCCUGCUCACACUCCUACUUCAGGGAACUUGGGCUCAUUGUGUUCAGUGCCUCCUUAUUAUUCGGCUGUUUUGUGUUCAUUGUUUUCUCCUAUGUGCAGAUCUUCAGGGCUGUGCUGAGGAUCCCCUCUGAGCAGGGACGGCACAAAGUCUUUUCCACCUGCCUCCCUCACCUGGCUGUGGUCUCCCUCUUCAUCAGCACAGUCAUGUUUGCCUACCUGAAGCCCUCUUCCAUCUCCUCCCCAUCCCUGGAUCUGGCCCUGUCAGUUCUGUACUCAGUUGUGACUCCAGCCCUGAACCCCCUCAUCUACAGCCUGAGGAACCAAGAGCUCAAGGCUGCAGUGUGGAGACUGAUGACUGGAUGCUUUCAAAAACAUUAAACUGCUCAUCAAUUUUGGCAAAUCUUUUGUAAUAAAGGUUGUCUUUGAUACUU